CAGACGAAGACCGCAAAUCGGCCAGUGCGGUCGGGUACGUCGCGUUCCUAACAUAUUAUUCGCACGUAAACAUUUUACAUGUUGUGUUCAAUCAAACCUACCGAACCAAAUAGAACACAACAUCCGUAACGAGAAUGUACAAAACAUGUGUGUGGGUCUUGUUAUUAAAAAUCGUGCUGUGCUACGAGGCACCACCGGCCACGCUCGAAGCAAUACACCCUAAAGGACUUAGGGUUUCCGUUCCAGAUGAGGGCUUCUCGUUAUUCGCGUUUCACGGUAAGCUCAACGAGGAAAUGGAAGGCUUAGAGGCCGGCCAUUGGUCCAGGGACAUCACGAAGCCAAAAAACGGAAGAUGGAUAUUCAGAGAUCGAAAUGCUGCGCUGAAAAUCGGAGAUAAGAUUUACUUUUGGACUUUUGUCAUAAAGGACGGCUUAGGAUACAGACAGGAUAACGGGGAGUGGACAGUUGAAGGUUUCGUAGAUGAAGCCGGUAAUCCAGUAAACACAGAGGGCUCUGAAAUAACACCAGGAGUAGAAUUCACCAGCACCAGUCUGAACCCAGAGUCCCCUCAGUCUAUACCCAAUCAGCCUCCAGACAGCCUGCCCGCUAAACCACCAUCUGAAGGCUAUCCCUGUGAGCUAUCGCUAUCCACAGUCUCAGUACCUGGUUUUGUAUGCAAAGGGCAGCUGCUUUUCGAAGAUCAGUUCAAUAUACCAAUACACAAAGGGAAAAUUUGGGUACCAGAAGUAAAGUUCCCUGGUGAACCGGAUUUUCCCUUCAAUGUAUACCUAAGCGAUAAUGCAGAAGUCAACGACGGAAAGCUGAUUAUAAAACCAGCUACCUUGGAGUCAAAGUAUGGCGAAGAUUUUGUUCGACAAUCUUUGGAUCUGUCGGAAAGAUGCACUGGAACCGUAGGAACACCUCAAUGCUUGCGAGAAGCUUCUGGUCCUCUUAUUUUGCCACCCAUCAUAACUGCAAAAAUCAGCACUCGGCAUCAAUUUGCCUUCAAAUAUGGACGUGUCGAGAUCAGAGCUAAAAUGCCAAAAGGAGAUUGGCUUUAUCCUGAGAUAUUGCUCGAACCUCGUGAUAAUAUAUAUGGUGUCCGGAACUACGCUUCGGGGACAUUAAAAAUCGCCUGCGUCAAAGGAAACGCUGAAUUUUCAAAGAAACUCUACGCAGGUCCUAUAAUGGCUGGAUCUGAUCCUUAUAAAUCUUUUUAUCUUAAAGAAAACAUUGGAUAUGAAUCAUGGAAUAACGAUUUCCACAACUACACCCUAGAGUGGAGACCAGAUGGCAUUACGUUGUUAGUUGAUGGAGAAAGUUAUGGCGAGAUAAAACCAGGAGAAGGUUUUUACAACGUGGCCAACUCAUAUAAAGUUGAAGCAGCGCCGCAGUGGCUUAAAGGCACAAUCAUGGCGCCUUUUGAUGAAUUGUUCUAUGUGUCGAUCGGUCUUAAUGUGGCUGGAAUCCGAGAGUUCUCCGAAGACAUCUCCAAUAAGCCUUGGAAAAACUCUGCCACUAAAGCAAUGCUCAAAUUCUGGGACGCCCGUAGUCAGUGGUUCCCUACGUGGGAUGAAGAUAGCGCUCUUCAGGUGGACUAUGUUAAAGUUUUUGCGAUUACAAAAAUGGCAGCCGCGAUGUGUGGACGCGUGUUGUGUCUGAUUUUAUUUAUAACAAUAUCGUACGCUCAAAUGCCCGAUGUGAAAAUACAAGCUUUUCGCCCGAAAGGACUUCGAAUAUCCGUUCAAGACGUCCCCAAAAUGACACUGUUCGCGUUCCAUGGCAACUUGAACCAUAAACUGGAUAGCACCAGCGUCGGGACACUGAGUGCAGAGGUACUGGAUCCAGUCAACGGCCGAUGGGUGUACGAAGAGCCCGACCUUAAACUAAAAGUCAAGGACGUCGUCUAUUAUAACGCGGUCUUCUCAAUCAACAAGAAAAUAUACGAGAAAACAAACCAACAGUUCACCGUUACAGAGCUAGAAGAUCCUAAUGCAAGCACAGAUUCUCAGAAACCAGAAUGUAAGCCAACAAAGACGAGAGUGCGAGGCGGCAAAGCGUGCGCCGGACAAACAAUAUUCGAGGAGCAAUUUGAUUCCCUGGACGAAAACGUUUGGCAAAUCGAGCAGUAUAUACCGAUUUAUCACCCCGAAUACCCCUUUGUAUCCUACCAGCGUAAUAAUUUAACAGUAUCUACCGCAGAUGGAAACCUACAUAUUAACGCCAAACUUCAACAACAUAUGCCCGGCUUUCUGGACGACUCUAUAUAUUCUGGCACACUUAAUUUGUUCAGUGGGUGUACUUCGUCAGCAGAAGCGUGCAUCAAACAGGCCUCCGGUGCUGAUAUUCUACCACCAAUCGUCAGCGGCAGAAUCACAUCAAUAGGAUUCGCAUUUACGUACGGAACAGUCGAGAUCAGAGCGAAAUUACCCCAAGGAGACUGGCUGUAUCCGGAAAUUCUAUUGGAGCCGUUCUUAAAGAAGUAUGGAAGUAUGAAUUAUGCGUCCGGCGUAGUGAAGAUAGCGUGCGCGCGCGGUAAUGCAGAACUGUAUUCCGGACCUAAUGACUACAGCAAUACGGUUUUGUACGGAGGACCGAUCAUGGAUCUCGAGUGCCGCGAGAACUUUCUGUCCACAAAAAGACGCAGAGACGGCACGUCCUGGGGCGACAGUUUUCAUACAUAUUCCGUUCAAUGGACACCUGAUUUCAUAGCCCUGUCUGUGGACGGCGAGGAAUGGGCGCGAGUGGAGGCGCCACGGGACGCCCUGCCGGCUGUCUGCGCGCACGCCCCGCGGCACCUGCUGCAGGCCGGCUCGCAGAUGGCGCCAUUCGAUGACCACUUCUACAUAACGCUAGGCGUGGCGGCAGGAGGCAUAACGGAGUUCCGCGACGGGUCUAUAACCUCCGGGGGAGUCACCAAGCCCUGGAGAGACAGCGCUCGGAAGGCAUCCGUACAUUUCUGGCGGCACAUGUCCGAUUGGUUCCCACAGUGGAGUCAGCCAACUUUAAUCGUGGACUUUGUCAAAGUUAUCGCCUUAUGA